AUGGACGACCUCGUGAGUCAUGAUGGCCGAUCGUCACGAUAUACUGGAAGUGUCCGAGAUUUCGAUGAAAUGUCGGUCGCAUCCAUGACGCCAAGCAUCAUGUCGGCACAGGGGAACUUGGUGACAAGAAAUGCAAGUGAGAAGUUCGCAGAUCCAGAAUUUCUCCGUCAAUGCCCAUUUGACCCAGUGCAUGUUAUCCAAGCGUACCGUUACCAGCGACAUAUCCUUCGAUGUCGACAGCAGAAUCCGGAAAAAGCCGCCCAAUUCGAUAAGUGCAAAUGGAACGCGAUGCACUGGUUCAGAAAGGGCGAGGAAAUGGAAAACCAUCUAAAAGAGUGCCCCGACAGAAACCGUGCGCCUUUUCGUGAUCGAUUCGCUGGACUCCCCCGCCGCGAAAAAACUGAUUCGGACAAUAUUCAAUUUGCCGAUAAUUGGGAUGAAGAAGAAGAUGGAGCAUCGAAAAUGAACCGACCAACACGAGAACAAAUAUUAAAACUUAAGACAACACUUCAAGCUGAAAGAAGAACUCCGCCCAAAUUUUUUAAGCCCCGACUUCAUCGAGUUCGAGGACCAAGAGGAGCCCAAAAAUGA